AUGAAUGAUGUAGGGAUUGCUGAACAUGAUCAGCGAUCUGUUUGGCGCACACAAUGGCAACAACUACGAGGCAAGCUUGACAGACCGAUAGAAGACGAAGAUGCUCUCUUGGAUCUGCUGUUCGCUCCAUUCGAUGUCCUAGGUUUAGCAAUUUAUAAUGCAGAUGACGAACAAUCACACAUCAUUCAGACGCACUCGCAGUGGAAACGGCUUAAUCUGGGAGAAAAUCUUCCCGAAGAAGCCAAGAGGAACUUUCGAUGGAUUGAGGACAUGCAAUCGAAAUUUCUGAGAGAAAUAAUACCAGAUUGGCAUACGGUAUUGGAACGUCGAGGUCUGCUAGAAAUCGUCUUACAACAAUGGUUCAGUCCGAUGUCAAUAAACAGAGAAGAUAGAGCAACUAUUGGUGCAAUACAGCUUUGUGCCUUGGAUACUGUUAGCGUAGCACUCUCCGAUCGAUUGCCUGAUGCAAAUGGACAAAGACGACAAAGACCAGAAACAUGGAACAUAUUGCAGAAGAUUCUGUUAUCGCUGGUAGAUCGAUUAUCACUUCUUAGUAUUGCCCAUGCCUGUCAAGAUCUAGUAUCUUCUAACAAAAGGCAGCUGCAGUGGACCUCUUCCAUACGACAAUUGCUCUCACUGCCGGAUCGAAUUGCGAAUGCAUAUGAAGGAAAGUUCCCAGAUACACUGUCUUUGCCCAGAAUACGCUCAAAGGUUGGAGACGAAGUCGGAAUGAUGGUCCAAGGAGAUGUGGACCGUCUUCUCGUCUCGGAUGUGAUCAGCAAAUUGUUACGUGCAGGAUGGUUUCAAGACGUACAAGGCUGGGAAGAUAGAUCGUACAGUGUUUGGCCUGCGAUCCUUCGUCGAAUAUCUAACAGGGUAGAAACUGGUGAAAUCAGAAAAUGGCCUCUAAUCGUUGGGUCGAUGCAAGAGAAUGAUCAGAACGCUUUACUCAUCUCCCUCGUCAAUGCCCUAGACCGAGUCUUGAAGAAGAACGGGAAAGCCAGUUUUAUCAAUGGGUCGGAACUGGUUCGACCAGGCGCAGAAGGCAAAGAGUUUUUGUCAGCUUCUACGUGGGAGUCAGCUUUGAUCGUGGCAAAUGUCAUUGAAAUCUUUUUGCCUAUUGACCAAGAUGAUGGCGAGGCCAAAGUUGAUGUAGGAUGUUUGUCGUGCUUGUUCCCGAACUCAUCAAGCUUUCCGACGUGGUCUCCCCUUACCGCUCGCAUUCUGAUACACAUCUUAUUAAAGUACGAUACCAACUUUCAAUACGGAGAAAGCCUUCUUUUGCAAUUGGUCAAAGCUUGGUCGCAACAGUCAAAGGUUGCCUCAUUGGAUGAAGAAGUGUUUCUAUCAACGCUCAUGCUCCUUCUCAUACAUGUGGCGCCUUCUGAUUCUGAAGCAGUCAAACGAUUGAGUACAUCUCCUGACUUCAUCAAUGGCGUUACACAGCAUUUGAAGCACCUAUCACCAUCUGCCCAACGAUUGGGCAUGCUCUUGGCCGAAACAGUGUCUGAGCGAGCCGGUAAAGGUAUAAAUUUCGGAAAGAGCGUCUGGGAAGGAAAGGGAAAAGGACGUGAAGAAGCCAGAGUAUUACGGUCUUUGGCUCUGGGGUUCAAAGGCAGACAGAUGGAUGUGAAGUUGGGUAAAGAGAACAUGCUAUCAUCAUUGCACUUGAAGACAAUCACAGAACAAGCUCAAGUUCAACUUUUCAAGCCACGUGCAAAGACUACCAGCGGGCCUACUACUAGAACUUUGCCGGCCCGCAAGCCAGCACCUACACGUAAACCCAUAAUACAACUUCUAGAUGGAGAUAGUGACGGGGAAGAGGACUUCCAGCCAGAAUCGGAAACGAAUGACAUCCCCUCCCUAACGAACAUCAAUGGCAGUCGAAAACUAAUCAGCUCUAUCUCUGAUGACGAAAAGAGCUCAUCUUCUGAGUCAGAUACAUCCUCCGAUGAAGAUGGUCCUCGGAACGAUCAAGAGGGAGCGACAGAAGAGGGCAAGGCCUUUGGGAUGGCUGCGCCCACCAGCAAGAAACAGCUCCGACCGCCAAUAUAUAUCGGCGAGCUGGCCCCUCUCCUUCGGGAGAAUGAGAGAGAUAGUGUACGGAUGGGAAUGAAGUAUUGCGAAGAUUUGAUACGACGCAAAGCAGGUUGGGGCGGAGAAGUAGAAGAGAAUGCAAUCGAUUUGGCCUUGGCUUUGCUGUCCAUUCACAACAAUUUUAGAAUUUCUCAAUUCGAACAAAGAAGAAUCGGUGCCCUUACAGCUUUGGUGGUUGCUAGUCCUACACGUAUUGGACCUUGUUUGGCAGAACAAUAUUUUGAUCAUCAAUACGCAAUGGCACAGCGAAUUGCUAUGCUGAACGCUUUGGCUUUUGGAGCGGCAGAAUUGGCAACUGGCACAAAGACGAAUGCACGAAUUGGAAACGACCGAAAGGAUCAACAGAAACCGGCUUUGACGGCCAAUAAACUUGCCGAGCAAUUCUCACAAUUGGCAAUGCAAAGAGCUCGUGAGGAAGGCAAAGAGAGAAUGCCAGAAAUACGGAACGAGGAAGCAUUACUGGUGAGCGGUACCCAUUCAAAGACAAAAACGCAAGGACCUCGAAUUGUAGAAGUGCAGAAGCAUCAAGGGUCGUACACAUCCGUUGCCAAUACGUGCUUCAUUUUCCCGUUAGUGAACAGAUUAUGGAAUCAUAUUCAAAAUUCCAGUGCUCUUGCAGGAAGAAGUGCAUCUCGAUAUUCAGGUUCGGGAAGUAGAAUCAUAGACUCGCCCUUCAUGAUGGGAUCAUUGAUCGAUACAAUCGCAGUGCUUUGCAACUAUGCCCAAAAUGAGCCAAGGUUCCGUCAAGAUGUGAUUCCAGAGGUUGUGCAGCUGGUUCUCACCAUCACACGAUCUCAUUUGAGCUCAUUGGCGCAAAAUGCUACGAUUGAUGACGAUGAAGAAGACGAUGGCGGAAGUCGAUCGACAAUCUUGGGUGCAAGUGCUUCGCUUGUUUUGGUUUUAUUGGAUGCUGCUUGGCAGUUGGACUUCGUAUUGGGCAUCUGCAAUCUUUGA